AUGACCUCGGACGGAAGAACUCGUCAAGUAUUAACCGGUGUUCUCGUCCGGUCCUGGCAUGGGGAAAUGACGAUACCCACGAGUGGGGGAUUGAUUGUUCCUGACGCUAAAAGGUGGAGUGGAAAGCUGGAAGCGGAGCCCUUUUGCUCGCCUCCUUGCUUUGUUCUGUCCCUCAACGCGGGACGGGAAGACAACGGCAUCUCGGAAUCUUUCGGUGCGCGCUUGGCGCUUAAAUCGCCUAGCUUGGAAAUUUGUAUGGCUCCAAUUCAAUCAAACUGUGCCGGAUCAAUACUAUCACGAACCUUCACUCCGUCACCGCAAUCAUAUUCGAACAAUUAUCGAUUUAGUCAAAUCUUCGAACUUGUCAAAAUGGUUUCUUACUACCAAAUCGCCGGAAAGCAAGUUGGCUCCCACUACUUAGCUAUGGCAGUUCUCGGUUCGUUGGCUGGUGUCGUCACUUUGUCCACUCGUGGUGGAUCUGCUGCAAAGAAGGAGUCAACUCCACCAAUUAACGCCAAAAGUCCAGAUGAGGAGAAAUACAUUAAGGACUUCAUGGCUAGCAUCGAGGGAAGCAAGAAUGGAAACAACGCAGACUUGACCAAGAAGGACGCAGGAAGAUAA